UGUGGGUGAAAGCCUCGGGCUUUCCUUCGCCGUCCACACCGGCCAGCCGAGGGCACACUCGGCGGUGCGGACUCGAGUCCUGGAAAUAUUGGGAAUGGGAAGCUAAGGAGUGAAAGUGAAUGGAGAGGGGGUGUGUUUAUGUAUCUUCAUAAAAAAUCUUUAUCCUGCCUUUAUGGUGUCAGUGACAUCCUGUGACAAGAGAACGAGUUGGCAAAGAAGGAACCAUGGCAUUUGAGGAGAUCAAGAGCAAAGGAGGAAUGGAUGUGGGGAUGGAGGGAGAGAGGGGCCUUGUGGCCGGCCGUAGCCAGAGAGAGAAGAGGAGGUCGUACAAGGAUCUGCUCAGGGAGGAGGAGGAGAUAGCUGCUCAGGUCCGAAAGUCCUCCAAGAAACGACCCAAGGACUCAGAACUUUUCAUGCUGGGAGGGGAGUCCCAUAAAAAGAAGAAGAAACAUAGCGAUGACCACUAUCACAGAGACCACGAUGGUUCAGGCCCGCCUUCUCACAAGAAAAAGCACAAGUCUGCAGACCGCUCCCCACCUAUGUCUUCGCCAUCGUCCUCCCACCCGACAGAUACAGCAAUGGGUCUCCUGCAGGCCAUCACCUCCCCACUGGCGACAGGCUCGGACCCCAGCCCCCACUUACACAAGAAACCAUCCUAUCCCUCCUUCUCCUCACAUUCCUCCAAGGACCGCAAGCGUGAGAGCAGCAGCGGCAGCGGAAGCAAAGGGAGCCACUCCCUCUCUCACUCCCGCCCCAUGCCUUCCUCGUCAUCCUCCUCCAAGAAACACUCCUCUUCGUCAAAGUCGUCUCUGUUCCACGGCGGCGCUCCCAAAGAGGAGCCAUUAACGCUACGCGAGGCAGACGGGCUGAAGAUGAAGCUCAUCAUGUCGCCGGAGAAGGAGGACGGGGAGAGCUUCCCAUUCACGCCACACUCAUCCAAAGGAGGUGUGAAAAAGGAGAAGGAGCGAGACAGGAUGCAGGUCUCAAAGUUACCCAAGAAGAAGCAACAACAGCAGAAUCGAGAUCCACUGCCUGUAGUGGGGAAAGAGGUGGAGGUGGAAGGUCACUAUGGAGGUGGCAUGGGAGAUGAGAGUUCCUCAUCUGGGGCCGAGCUGGAGGCAGGGGAGCUGGUGAUCGACGAUUCCUACACAAACCUGUCGAAAAAGAAGAAGAAGAGCAAGAAAAGCAAGAAGAAAAAGGACAAGGAGAAAGACCGAGAUAAGGACAAGAGCGGGAAAGACAAGAAGCACAGCAAAGGAUUUGGAGCUACAAGAGACAAGAAAGCUACUGGUUUCUCCCGGUCAAACACAGCAGGAGCAGCAAACCAAGCCCUCAGUUUGUCUAACUGUAGCCAUGGCCAUGGUGCUGAAAAAAACUCAUCGAAGGGCCACAGCCACUCCCAUCCCACCGUCACUCACAGUGCCGUUGGUCCGAUGUAUGCCAUGGGCACACCAAUCCCUCCACACCACCAUCAAGGCAGUGAUGGAGUUACGGAGAAGAAAAAGAAGAAAGAAGAGAAGGAUCGGGAAAAGCAUGAAAAGGAAAAAGAAAAGCCCAAGAAGAAAAACACAACAGCAUAUCAGGUGUUCUGUAAGGAGUACAGGGUCAACAUAAAUGCAGAACAGCCAGGACUAGUCUUUGGUGAGCUAAGUAAGAGGUUGGCAGAGGUUUGGAAAGCGAUGCCUGAGAAAGACAAACUAGUGUGGAGGCAGAAAGCUCAGUAUCUGCAGCACAAACAGAACAAGGCCGAGGCCACAACGAUCAAACACAAGAGCUCCGCUGAGAGCAAAAGCAAAGUUGUAGGAGCGGCACCAGGGCUGGUGUCGCCAAACAAAUCGCCCAGCACCAUGUCCCUGUCCCCUGCUCGAGUUCCAGAUGUGGAUCCCAUCGAUGCAGCAGCGCACCUGCAGCUGCUUGGGGAGUCCCUGUCCCUGAUUGGCCAUCGACUACAAGAAACAGAGGGGAUGGUUGCCGUGUCCGGGAGUCUGUCUGUGCUUCUGGACUCCAUUUUGUGUGCGCUGGGCCCACUGACGUGUCUCACAGCACAGAUACCACAGUUGAACGGAUGUCCUCGAAACGUCCUGUCAAAUACAUUGGACAAUAUCGCCUACAUCAUGCCUGGACUGUGAGUAAAGGACGAUGAUCGGCGUGGAGGGAUUUGUCAGCCAGAGUCAGCGGAUGUGACUGGAACGGUUCGGACACAGGAGCGACUCUCGGACUUUUAAUUCAAGCCACUGCCCAGCAUCUGACAACUUGGAUAUUUUUUAGUCCCAACAUGUUUUUAAAGUGUAUUUUUUUAAAAACCUCAUUCUCUUAAUUUUUUUAACUGUCAUAUUUUUUUUAAAGAAACAUUUUACCGGACAUGUUAAUCUUUCUUGCCAUGUCAGCUCAGUUUUACUGUGACUGUACAGUGGACUGUCGUGUGAACGGGUGUGCGACUGUGUGUGAUGUGCUGAAUGUGUGUAUUGGUUUAGCUGUUCAGUGGGUUUGACUGCUGAGCGUCUUUUUUACUGAAAUGUACAGGAACAAUUAUGUUGACCUCUUUCACUCGUCAUCAACAUAACAUAAUAUAUUUAACACCUGAACUUUUUUUUUCUUUGAUCAUGUAAAAAGUACUGUCACUCCUUGCUCGUUUUAUAGAUUUGAUAUUUUACUGUGAGUACAGAAUUUCGAUUUUUGUGUCUGUACUGUAGAAUUUCCAGAAGCGAUAGAAAGCACCUUUUGGUGCUACCUUGUAAUCGAGAGCUGCCAUAGCGAUUCAGUGUCACAGCUUCAAAACAUUAAAAUAUGAUCUGUUCAGCUGUGA